AUGGGCGUGCGAAGCAUCGUUCCCGCACUGAUGCUUCGUCUCAACAAGGAUCAAGAAUGCUACGACUUUAUUAAGUGGUGGGCUGCUGACAGGCCGGACUAUGACUGGGGAGACACUGAUCUCCCGUGCCUCGAUAUCCGGAAUACCGAUGUCUUUGAGCCUGUGGAGCAACUAUGCGAUCCAUACCCUGAUCUCAGCCACUUGGUUUGCCUGUGUCUCUUGAAAGUCAAACUGCUCUUCGAUUUGAUGAGGUUGGAGCAGUCAACUUCCAGCCUGGGUCCCAAUGUACCUCGUGAGAUUCUCGAUCUCAUUCAGUCGUCGGUCCCUCGGAGCCCGGUCGUCAGUGCAUCUCGCGAUAUCAUGACUGGUGACGGCAAUAUUCGCCAGACUAUGAUUGAAAAAUUGAAGUCACAGAUCGGUGUCGUGUACAGGGCAGUCCAGGAGGCCAACAAACAUUUCUGGCCGGCUUUUGCCGAUGCUGAAGAGUAUCUUGAUGAAUUUCCUUCGGCGUUGGUGGAAUGA